AGAAAAAGCAGCCCGACCCGUUUACCAAACCUCCGGCAUUAACGAACAAAUCCGAUAAAUCCUCAACCUGACCCCAUCGCGAUUCGCGAAGAGAAUUCCAGAAGAGGGCAAAUUUGUUGAAGAAGAAGAAGAAGAAGAAGAAGACGAAGGCGGAGAGAUUUGACUGACUAUACGUACAUACAGUUGUACAUAUUGGUACAGACAGAGCGGAAGAGGAAGAGCAUAAUCGGAGAAGGAUAAUUGACGGUGAGCUCAAUUCAGGUCGUCGGGUUCACUACGGAGAUGAACGGCGGCCCAUCUGGAUUCAACAAUGCGCCGGUGACGAGAGCGUUGGUCAUUGCGUGUGCUCUCUUCACAAUCGUCUUUGGGAUUCAAGGCCGUUCCAGCAACCUCGGAUGGUCUUAUCAGGAUAUCUUCAAGAAACUUCAACUCUGGAAGCUAAUUGUAUCUGUAUUUGCCUUUUCAUCUACCCCAGAACUGAUAUUUGGAGCAUAUCUGCUCUACUACUUCCGUGUCUUUGAAAGGCAAAUUGGUUCGAAUAAGUAUUCUGUCUUCAUCCUAUUCUCUGUUAUAGUUUCUUUACUACUAGAGACCAUUGCAUUAAAACUUCUUAAAGUCAAUUGUAAAUACUUGUUUGUAGGAAAAAUUUUUCCAUGUUGCCUUUCCUCUUUUUUAUGUUAUCAGUACUCUGAAUUUUUGUUUUUGCAGCUUCUUUUUUCAUCUUGGAAAAGGUCUAUUCUGCCGGGCCUCUGUGGAAUUCUUGCUGGUUGCUUGUAUCGUAUGAAUGUUUUCCGCAUUCGGAGGGUCAAGUUUCCAGAUUUUAUUGCUUCCUUCUUCUCCCGACUUUCCUGGCCAUCCACAGGGAGCACAUCAUCUCCAGCACCAAGGAAUGCUUUGGGAAAUGUGCCAUCAUAUGCAAGUCGCCAAGUUGAGGGAAACUAUGCUGCUCCUUUGUCUUCCGCCGUAGAGCCACCUGAGGAAUCAAUUACCAUGCUAGUAUCGAUGGGCUUUGACAGAAACUCGGCUAGGCAGGCACUCAUCCGUGCUAGAAAUGACGUUAAUGCUGCUACAAACAUCCUUCUUGAAUCACAGUGACAGCAAGUGGAUUUGAUAUUUUUGCUUGGAGUAGGAAGGCAGGAGGAUUUGGACUGUGGAUACAGAGAAUUUGCAUAAAAAAGAUCCAGCCAGCUCUUUAACAGCACAUUACUACACCUCCAAAGAUCUAGUCAAGCCACAAGGCUUUUGUCUUUGAUUUUGUGUAACCUCGGCAUUCGGUAUUUAAGCACUAGUCAUCAAACUAAAGACCACUCGUUUAAUGGCGCAGAUGAUGAGUUAUUCAUUUUCCCAAACAUUUAAAGAUUUGUGAAAUAUUAGGGUAUGCAUUGAUAAGCAAUUAGACACUUCACUUUAUUGUGUCAGACUGGAAUGCUAUUAGGCUUGUAAAGAUGACAUUUUGCAUUUUCUGUUCAGAUUCUAAAAUUAUGUUGAUAAUUU